AUGUUGAAGACUGAAAUAAUGCACGCCAAGUCCACAGCCCAAAACUGGCAUGACGAGGCAAGCAGAAGUCCCCCAGAUGGAACAACCCCCUCCGUCGGGAAUGGGCACGCCAAGUCCACAGCCCAAAACUGGCAUGACGAGGCAUGCAGAAGUCCCCCAGAUGGAACAACCCCCUCCGUCGGGAAUGGGAACGCCAAGUCCACAGCCCAAAACUGGCAUGAUGAGGCGAGCAGAAGUCCCCCAGAUGGAACAACCCACUCCGUCGGGAAUGGGCACGCCAAGUCCACAGCCCAAAACUGGCAUGACGAGGCAUGCAGAAGUCCCCCAGAUGGAACAACCCCCUCCGUCGGGAAUGGGCACGCCAAGUCCACAGCCCAAAACUGGCAUGACGAGGCAAGCAGAAGUCCCCCAGAUGGAACAACCCCCUCCGUCGGGAAUGGGAACGCCAAGUCCACAGCCCAAAACUGGCAUGACGAGGCAUGCAGAAGUCCCCCAGAUGGAACAACCCCCUCCGUCGGGAAUGGGCACGCCAAGUCCACAGCCCAAAACUGGCAUGAUAAGGCAAGCAGAAGUCCCCCAGAUGGAACAACCCCAUCCGUCGGGAAUGGGUACGCCAAGUCCACAGCCCCAAUCCGGCAUGAUAAGGCAAGCAGAAGUCCCCCAGACGGAAUCACCCGCUCUGUCGGGAAUGGCACGCCAAGUCCACAGCCCAAAACUGGCAUGAUGAGGCAAGCAGAAGUCCCCCAGAUGGAACACCCCCCUCCGUCGGGAAUGGGCACGCCAAAUCCACAGCCCCAAUCCGGCAUUAUGCAGACACAAGCAGGAGCCCCCCAGAUGGAAUCCCCCAGCUAUCCCGGACAGUAACAGUCUUGUAAACGACAAUAGGAAUAAUCUGAACCCUAGAA